AUGCAGAGCCAAAUAGUUUGCAGUGGGUGUAGAAGCAUCUUACUAUAUCCAAGAGGAGCUUCAAACGUAUGUUGUGCAUUGUGUAAUGCAGUUACUUCAUCUCCCCCUCCUGGAAUGGAGAUGGCCCAAUUGAUCUGUGGAGGUUGUCGCACAUUGCUGAUGUAUGCACGUGGUGCUACAAGUGUCAGAUGCUCUUGUUGUCACACUGUCAAUCUUGCACCAGUUUCCAAUCAGCUUGCUCAUGUAAAUUGUGGGAAUUGUCGCACAAUGUUGAUGUAUCCAUCUGGUGCUCCAUCAGUUAAAUGUGCAGUUUGUCAUUACAUUACAAAUGCCAAUAUGGGAAAUGGAAGGGUUCCUGCAGCCACAUCAGCAUCAGAAGUGCCUCAUUCUUAUAACCAAACGGUAGUAGUUGAAAACCCAAUGUCGGUUGAUGAGAGCGGGAAACUGGAAAUCACAUGUCACCGGAGAAGAAGAUCAAGAACCCGCCGUGUCACCAUCUCCAACGACUUGAAGCUUGGGGACGUCAAGCAUUCAACAAUGGUGGUUGAGCCUUGGUUACUGAGGAUGGGGAAUCAAAUGAUUUCGAAUCUCAAGCACAAUCUCCUCUUGGAAUUAUCUUCAAAAUCAUCCUCCAAGAACAAAAAAGAAACUUGCAACAAAACUCUAGAAACAAUUGGAAUCCUUUCUUUCAUCGUCGGCGGCAUUUCCAAGCUUAGAAAGAAGGAGAUUUGA